AAUUAAUUUUAGUUUCUCCACAAACACAAGGAAGAGGACAAAGAAGAAGAGCCAGUCCUCUCGGCCGUCGGUUACGGGGUGGGCCAUGUGAACGACGCGGGUGACGACCAUCUGAGCGAGCCUGAUCUGCAGCCUGUUACAGGCUCCGGUGGGUGCCCGCCCUCGGCAGACGCGACAGCGGCGUGUCCCGGACCUGCAGCGGGCGAUGGUGAAUCUCGCUGGAAUCCUGGGCGCCUGUCUCACGCUGGCUGCCUGUUGUCGCGCUGCCACGACGGAAGCCGAACCACCGAGGCGAGAAGGCAGCUGCGACGAGACCAGCUUGGCCGCCAGCCUGCGGCAGUGUGACGCAAAGUUUGGUUCGACCAGUGCACAGGACACCGGGCUCAACGCGAAGACGGCCUGCUCGGCAGUGGGAGAAUACAAGGGGUGCCUGGUGGAACUGACGCGAGUCAGUGGAUGCGGAAACUCUUCGCUACUCGCCAGACGACUGCAGCUAAUGGAUAAGUUCGCGCAAGAGCAACCCCUCUGCGUUGAGCAUGCGAACGCGUCCUCGCAACUGGUAAUGGAGGCACCUCGGGUGAAGGGAGACACGUGUGCGACACAUAAAGUGUGGAAUACGCAGUUCCUGUGCGCCAGAAGUUUCAACGCCGAAGUGGAGGAGCUACAAGAACACAUAGGCGAUCGGUCGAAAGAAAUUUGCAGAUCCGUGCAGCGCUAUCACAGCUGCCUAGACGCCGCGGUGCGCGGCGAAUCGUGCGAAGAGGACGCCGAGCUCAGGAGACACGCCAGGUACUUUCGCAACGUGUUGACCUUCAAGUUCAGCGACCUCUGUCCCGCGGAGUUGGGACUUUCUGCUCUAAAGCCCAGAGUAAAGGUUCUCCGCGCAAUGGGGACCGCGAGUGGCAGCUCGGCGGAGCAGUCGUGCCAGGAGGACAAGGUGACCAAGGAGUUCUUCGCCUGCGGCCUUCUCUUCAACGUCAUUGUGAGCCGCAACCCGCCCAAGGAGAGGAUCUGCACGGCGUACAGGAACAUGGAGAAGUGCACGAGGGACCUGCAGUGUGCGAACUCUGCGGCCACCUUCAACGUUCACUCCAUGCGCGUGGCGGACGUGCUGCUUAGCCCGUACGACAAGUACUGCCGCGGCUUCGUGGGUUCGGACAUGGCGAACCGCACCGUGCCGCCGCCACCCGCGGCCACGACCCCGCCGGUAUGCGACGAGGAGCUGUACAUGCAGCAGUACUUCGAGUGUGGCCUCAUGUACAUGUUCGGCUUGCCCGGGGCUAACGAGACCGAGUACAAGACUAACAAGAGCCUUAUUUGCUCCCUCAUACAUAGCCACAAGGUGUGCGUGGACAACAUCAGGAAGGUAAGCAACUGCCCAAACGGCAUCCCCAUCCAGGGCAAUCUUGACUACUUCGACAACGAGCUUCGCAAGGCCGCCAAGGAGAAGUGUUCCGGUUUCACGGAAAAACGUACGGCGCGAAGACGAUUUCGCAGCAGUUCGGUGCCGCACUGCCACAUCCGGGAGUACGUUGGGUCGUACUUCACGUGCGGCACGGUGUUCCUGGCGGCUACAAUGCCAGACCCACCGGCUCUUGACGAGCUCUGCAGGUUACUCGCAGAGUUUAAGAAGUGCGUCGCGGGCCUCAUACAGUGCCGAACGGACACCGACCUCACAGCGCGGUUGGACUCCUUCUCGUCAGUACUGACUCAGGGCUACAUGGAGAGCUGCAAAGGUCGCAACAUCACCGGCUACUGUGACAGGUUCAUCCUGAUGAAGGACUACUUCUCUUGUAGCCUGACGUAUUACCAGGCGCACAACGAGUUUGGCCGGUCGUAUCUCCUGACCAAGCAACACAGCUGCAAACUCAUCGAAGAUUACAGCAAGUGCGUCUACGAGAAGGUGUUGAAGAACACAUGCGAAUCACUCAAGGACCUCUUCAGCAACGUUAGAGACGUGCGGAGCUACAUAAUCAGGGUCUUUAACAAGAAGCACGAGGUGUCCUGCUCCGUACCAGCAGGUAUGCAAAGGCAGCGUGGACCCGUUGCUGCACUCCAGAGCUCGUGCGACGAGUUCGCAGCCGUGAAGAGAGUGCUGCUGUGCGGUGUCUCCUUCCAUCGGAUGCUUCCAGCGUCCAGCCCUGCCCAGAACGGUUCCUCGUCCUCGGAGUUGACUCAAGUGGACAACGGAGAGACUGUAGCGCUGUGCCCGUUGGUCAAGGAGAUGAAGUACUGCGUAUACUCGGCUACCAAAGAUUCUGGGUGCUCGGAGUCGCUGUUCUUCAACACAGAGGUUUCCCUGGUCAGACGACGACUACUCGCAGAGUUUGAAGGCGUCUGCAAUGAUACGCUGCCUUGGAAUGAAAACAGCACCGAUUCGAUAAAGAAUCGCCAAGGCUGCGAGCUCAAGGAGUUCACCCAAGAAUGGGAGACGUGCGAGGCGGCCAGGGCUAACGAAGUGGCCCACAAGUAUCGGAAUGGCACAGGUACACCCGGCGGGAAUACCGUUAGCGACCGUCAGCGAAGUAGGUUUUGCAGCGACAUUUCUGGCUUCCUGCGGUGCCUGCGUGACUCGGCCGGCAGGCAUCACUGCCCGGCGCUGGCGCCCGGUGCAUCAAACCCGGGACACAACGAGCUGUUCGAGCGGCUCGGGUACAUGGCUUGUUCCUCGUCCGCCUGCUCGUCGCUGGGCGACCGCUGGGCUCUGCAGCUCGUGGCGCUCGCCGGCACAGCGCGCUUCGUAGCGCGCCAGCCCCAUGGCUGGUUUUAGCGCACGAGGACCGGGGGCAAUAAAGGAACAUGCGCAGCAUUCGCAACAAGCGA